CCAUUCGAAUUCACAUUCAAUGUUUCCAACCCCCACGAACUUUCCCUUCCCUAAGCUUUAUAUAAAGGCCCCUUUGGGCUAACGUUUUCAUUUCUACCAUUCUCAUUCAAACCCCUUCGCGUAGACCAACGUCUCUCCCAACUGUAAGUGAAUUACUGUUCCGGAAAUUUAUUUUCCAUUUCCAGUUCCCAUUCCGUUCUCUGAUUUAUAUUGUGUUUUAAUUUAUAAAGAAAAUUCUUUUCUUUUUCUUUUUCUAUAUUUAACCUCUGUUAUUCAGCUUUUCUUGAUUAACAGAGCCGUAUAUAUAUUACAUUCACAGAAAUUGUAGCUUAAUCUGUACUGAAAACAAUUGAAACUUUUCUAAUUUGGGUUAUAGCUUCAAUUUUAGGGGGAAAAUACAAUAUUAAUACAGAUAUUAAGAAUGAACACCGGUAGUUGUAUUGGAAUUUCCACUAUGAAACCUUAUUGUAGAGUACUACUAAUUAGCUACAAAAGGUCGUCCGUUUUUGGGUUUUCACCUGAAAAAUUCAAUGAUGUGAUAACCAAUAAUUUGUCGAAAUUCCAUGGCAGCCGAUCUCGCUGUUGUAAAUCUCAGAUUGUAGGGUAUAUACCGGUAAUUGAUUCGAAUAGGAGAGCUUUUAGUGUUUCCAAUUCGAAUUUGGGUCAGUCUAGGGUUGUUGGCACAAGUUGCCGUGUUAAUCAAAGUAAAGGUGGUGGUGGUCGUAGGGGUAGGGGUGUUUUAGUAAUUCCUUAUGUAGCAUCAGACUUUAGGAACCAUUCUACCUCGGUCGAAACCCAUGUUAAUGAACAGAACUUUGAGAGGAUUUACAUUCAGGGUGGGCUGAAUGUGAAGCCUCUGGUGAUCGAGAGGAUCGAGACAGGUCAUGAUGUUGUUAAAGAAGAAGAGUCCAGGGUUGAGUUUAAUGGGUCAAGUGUAAAUAUCGAUAAUCUGAAGGGUUUGAAUGAGAAAAAGGUUGAGAGAAAGGUGUCUGAGAUUGAGGAAGAGGCAUGGAGCUUGCUUCGAAAUGCAGUUGUAAGUUAUUGUGGAAAUCCAGUGGGGACCUUUGCAGCUAAUGAUCCAAGUGACAACCAGCCUCUGAAUUAUGAUCAGGUCUUUAUUCGUGAUUUUGUCCCGUCAGCACUUGCCUUCUUGCUCAAUGGAGAAGGAGAAAUUGUGAAGAAUUUUCUUCUUCACACAUUGCAAUUGCAGAGUUGGGAGAAGACUGUGGACUGCUACAGUCCUGGGCAAGGGUUGAUGCCAGCAAGCUUUAAGGUUAGAACUGUUCCUCUUGAUGGAAGCAAUGAAGCAUUUGAGGAUGUUUUAGAUCCUGAUUUUGGUGAAUCAGCCAUUGGUCGAGUUGCCCCUGUUGAUUCAGGGUUGUGGUGGAUUAUUUUGUUGAGAGCUUACGGGAAGAUCACAGGAGACUAUGCAUUGCAAGAACGAGUUGAUGUCCAGACAGGCAUAAGAUUAGUCCUCAAUCUGUGCUUGACUGAUGGGUUUGACAUGUUUCCUUCUCUGUUAGUGACUGAUGGUUCCUGCAUGAUUGAUAGACGGAUGGGUAUUCAUGGACACCCUCUUGAAAUACAAGCGUUAUUCUACUCAGCUCUACGCUGUUCUCGUGAGAUGCUUAUUGUCAAUGAUGGAACCAAGAAUCUGGUGGCUGCUAUCAAUAAUCGACUCAGUGCACUCUCCUUUCAUAUCAGAGAGUAUUAUUGGGUGGAUAUUCAGAAGAUCAAUGAGAUUUACCGUUACAAGACAGAGGAAUACUCCACGGAUGCCAUCAACAAGUUCAAUAUUUAUCCUGAUCAAAUUCCUUCUUGGCUAGUAGAUUGGAUACCUGAUAAAGGUGGCUAUCUCAUUGGCAAUCUACAACCUGCUCAUAUGGAUUUUAGGUUUUUUACGCUUGGAAAUAUUUGGGCCAUUGUUUCGUCUUUAGGAAGUCCUCAACAGAAUGAUGGCAUUCUGAGUUUGAUUGAGGACAAAUGGGAAGAUCUUGUGGGUCAGAUGCCUCUUAAAAUUUGUUAUCCUGCUUUGGAGAAUGAGGAAUGGAGAAUAAUCACUGGAAGUGACCCAAAGAAUACCCCCUGGUCAUAUCAUAAUGGUGGAUCUUGGCCAACACUGCUAUGGCAAUUCACACUGGCCUGUAUUAAGAUGGGGAGGCCAGAAUUAGCACAGAAGGCAGUUGCUUUGGCAGAGAAGAGGCUUUCAGUGGAUCAGUGGCCUGAAUACUAUGAUACACGCAGUGGGAGAUUCAUAGGAAAGCAAUCCCGGCAUUUCCAGACAUGGACAAUUGCCGGUUUCCUAACCUCAAAGAUGCUUCUGGAGAACCCAGCGAAGGCAUCCUUGUUGUUCUGGGAGGAAGAUUAUGAGCUCCUUGAAACUUGUGUUUGUGCGCUUAGCAAAACUGGUAGAAAGAAGUGUUCACGUGUGGCCGCAAGGUCUCAGAUUCUUGUCUAAUAGAGCACACUAGUGAGUGCUGGUGAUCAAUAAAGCAGUAGUCGAGCGCCCUCUGGAAGCUGUGACUUCAUUUAAUACCAGACUAUGAAACUGAACUUUUCAGCACUAAGCUUAUGGUGUGGCACUUUUAUUUUCCAACAUUAGACAAUACCCCAAAAUUGUCCCAUUAUUUGAAUCUGGGAUAAUUCAAGUUCGAUGGCUCUGUUUUUUUAGAGCCUCUUAACCUAUUUGUAUUGAUUUUUACAGGCUUAACAAUAGCUUGUACUUGAAUCAAAUGGACUUCAGACUAUACUUGUUAUGA